AUGAGUGUCAAUAUUGUGGAUACGUUUGGAAAUUUAAGUACACAUAAUUUAGAGUUUGUGAGUGUUGAGAGUAUGGAUGAACUUCUCGAAACCUCCAUGAUAUUUGUGGAUGAAACACCAUUUAAUAAUUUUGACAGGCUGCCUGAAGAGUUGUCCCAACAUAAUGAACCUGAUUUGGGGGAAGAGUCUGACUUACAUACAUCUUUAACUGAACUGAGAAAAUUUAUUGACGAAAGAGAGCGUUUAAAAUCCUUUGAUACAUGGAAUAUCCCGCACAUCAGCAAACAUUCGCUGGCAGAAACGGGUUUCUACUUUUUAAGACAACCAGAUGUGGUUAAAUGUUUUUUCUGUGAAAUAGAAAUUGAAAGUUGGACUGUAUUUGAUGUUGUCGUAAACGAACACAGACGCUGGUCACCAUCUUGCCUUUUUAUGCGUGGAUUUCCAACGAGAAACACAGAAAUUUCUAAGUCUCGAUCACAGGCGUGA